CAACCUUCGCCACAUCCUCAUUAUCUAGUUCAACAGUCCUCCAUUUCUUCAACCACAGCCCAGUCGGAUCUAUCUUCGGCACUCAGAGAAGCCAUGGACGGCAGGAAACACCCAAGCUCUUUCCAGCAGCUCGAAAAGUUGGGAGAGGGUACUUAUGCUACUGUCUUCAAAGGCCGCAACCGACAGACGGGCGAGCUAGUAGCUCUCAAGGAGAUUCACCUUGACUCGGAAGAGGGAACACCGAGCACGGCAAUCCGCGAGAUCUCGCUCAUGAAAGAACUGAAGCACGAGAACAUUGUUGCUCUACACGAUGUUAUUCACACCGAGAACAAGCUUAUGUUGGUGUUUGAGUACAUGGAUGGCGAUCUUAAAAAGUUCAUGGACACCAAUGGCGAAAGGGGAGCCCUGAAGCCCCAUGUCAUCAAGUCCUUCAUGCAUCAGUUGCUCAAGGGUAUUGACUUCUGCCACAAGAACAGGGUCCUACAUCGAGACCUGAAGCCGCAGAACCUCCUUAUCAACAGCAAGGGCGCUCUGAAGCUGGGAGAUUUCGGUUUGGCGAGAGCAUUCGGUAUCCCAGUUAACACCUUUUCGAAUGAGGUCGUCACUCUUUGGUAUCGAGCUCCCGACGUGCUUCUUGGAAGUAGAACCUACAACACCAGCAUCGACAUUUGGUCCGCGGGAUGUAUCAUGGCUGAGAUGUUCACCGGCAGGCCCUUGUUUCCCGGCACCACUAAUGAGGAUCAGAUUGUUCGCAUUUUUAGGAUAAUGGGCACGCCGACGGAACGUACAUGGCCUGGCCUCACCUCGUUCCCCGAGUACAAGCCUAACUGGCAAAUGUAUGCGACACAGAGCCUGUCAUCCAUCUUGCCUCAGAUUGACCGCGACGGCAUCGACUUGCUUCAGCGGAUGCUACAGUUGCGACCUGAAUUGCGAAUCUCGGCCCACGAUGCGCUUCAACACCACUGGUUCAACGACCUGGUCCACCAACAGCAUCAUCACCAAGCGCAGCAGUCCAUGAUGCAACAGCCGCCAAUGAUGCAGCAACAGCCAAUGAUGCAGCAGCAUAGAGGCUAUGGACAGCCGCAACCCAACUACGAGGGCUACUAGACAGAGUAUCUUCCAAAAAGCGGAAGGCAGACACGGCCGGUUCUGGGGUUCCCUCCACCAGUUUUGUGGCAUCGGCCGAUGCCAGUAGUGCCAGGGUCCCCUCCACCAGGAUUUAAGAAGAUUUGGGAGCAACUGAUGCCAGUAAGAGAGGGCUGCUACACCGAAGAGCAGUUUCUAGGAGGGCGAACAAUGCCAGAGUAUCCUCCACCAGGGAGAUAUCCUCAACCGAUACUCGGACAUCCUCCAGCAUGGAAAUAUUCUCAACCAAUGCCCGGGCACCCUUCACGUGGGAAACAUCCGCAACCGAUGUCAUGGUAUCCUUCAGGUCAACAGGUUCAAACGGGCCUUUUACCGAGAGAAAAUGAUUUGGUUAACCGUGGCAUGGGUUCGACUACAGACCAAUUAAUGGCGUGGAAGGGAAAUUUUAGGAGUGACAAUUCUGGGAUGGACAUGCCACGGCGGUCACUGCCCGUGGACCCCAGUUUCAACCCGUUUCUACAUAAUAAUGGACAGCGAAAUAUAAUGACGCCACAC